AUGCUGCCGCUUCGACCCCGACGCCAGCCCAGGCGCAGGCCUCCGAUUCUCAGGUCGCGGAGGACACCUCCCGGAGGCGGCCCUGCCGGGCCUGCGUGGACUUCAAAACGUGGAUGCGAACGCAGCAGAAGCGGGACAGCAAGUUUAGGGAAGAUUGUCCUCAGGAUCGCGAGGAACUAGGCCGCCACAGCUGGGCUGUCCUCCACACCUUGGCUGCUUACUACCCUGACCUGCCCACCCCAGAACAGCAGCAAGAUAUGGCUCAGUUCAUACAUUUAUUUUCCAAGUUUUACCCGUGUGAGGAGUGUGCUGAAGACAUAAGGAAGAGGAUACACAGGAACCAGCCAGACACGCGCACUCGGGCGCACUUCACCCAGUGGCUGUGCUGCCUGCACAAUGAGGUGAACCGGAAGCUAGGCAAGCCAGACUUCGACUGCUCGCAAGUGGACGAGCGCUGGCGUGACGGCUGGAAGGAUGGCUCCUGUGACUAGCCAGCAGAGAGGGUGGGGCGCUCAUUAAAGUGCCUCAGAGCCAGAGCCUGUUGUGUCUCACCUGUGUUGGGUGGUCCCCAGAUAUUGCCCAUGGAGCCCUUCCCCUCUCAAGUUAGGGGUAGAGGUGGAGAUGCCCAUUCCCGGCACCCUGAUGGCCUCCUCAGCCACCACCCUGUGGGGCUGCAGGUGAAGGAGGCAGGAGCAGCGUAGACUGUCCUUUCCAUAGAGGAUUCAGCCUCCUGCUCACUUGCCACCCUGGUGCCCCACUUCCCCCAACAGGAAGGCAACAGACCUGGCUGUCUCGCCCCUCCAGGCCAGGCCAUUGUCUCCUAACCUUGUAGCUAGGGAAAGCAGAUGUGGUUGUAGCCCCAGGGGCUGUGUGCUGUUUGCACAUCAGGAAAGAGGCCUCGGAGGCUGAGCUCUGUUGCACGCAAGUCCCUGUUCAACCUGUGGCCUUGCCUAGCUGUACCAGGCCUGUCAGAGGCUUUGUGAACUUGAGACCAAAAUAAAAUGCUGGAGAAGUGACUGAA